UUGGGGUGUGGUGUGCGUAUACAUCCAAAUCGCGCACUCAAGCUGGUUUCAUCACGAUGUGCUUCGUUGUGAUUGGACGCAUCUCCCGUCAAUUUAACGAACAUCUCCAAUGUGUCACGAUUCUCCUAGCGCCAGAGUAACUUUAGAGGGCGAUUGAAGUGCCACUGUCCGAGCUUCAGCUCUCAGUGCAUCGAUUUUAACCGGUUCAGCAGCAGUGUUUCACUUGUUUUUGCGUCACGAAUAGCGAUUAAGCGGCUCGAGAUGGCUGCAAGUUUUCCCUCCAGCUUCGGCGUAAAGAGAGUUUAAUUGCGGAACAUGCAACGUUUAUAAACAACAAGAGCACUGCAACCUCAGAGCGCAAGGAGCAUUCGUCAUCUGAACUGAACAGGAAAUGCUCUACUUUUGUUGCUCAGGUUAAAUAGAAAAGGGGAUGCCUAUGCUCAUUUCUUUUUUAAAACGGAAAUAUGCGACUACUUUCAACGCUAAACUUUUCUCCUAACAACGGAUAUUUCUAUUGGACUAAAACAGAAUCCUUCAUCGGACAGAUAUUGCGUUACUCUGCUUUCAAAUUUUGGAGUACCAAAGGAUUCAAGCUACUGAAGACAACUGAUAUUCAACUGUGAGUGAACUAGCUCUGACUUAUCGAGAACAUUAGCAUAAGAGGAAAACCGAAAGUGUAUUAUCAAGUAUGUAUUCUAGACAUGCAUUGGCUUUACAAUAUCUCCGAUCAAGGGACUGCCAGGACUACCCUGUAAUUAUUUGACGAAAUAAAAAAAGCAACAACAUUUCUAUCGCCGUCUUCUACUAUUUCACCGGUGGCGGAUUCGAAUUACACCCCUUGAGGAUAAUGAAUACUAGCCGGAGGUUCUGAUCGAUAUCUACAUUAGAUGUAAAACUACUCAGUCUUUUGGGGAUCCGCAUCUGGACUUUGGACGUGUGCAGUCUUAGGAUUGGUGCUUGAAAGAUCAAGUUUCCACAGCUUCAUUUGGAGAAAGCGCUUGAUAUCUAUUCAUGUUUCAAUUUCUUUGAUGGAUACACCUGGAUACUUUUUUUUUCAAUCUAAACGAGUAGUUUUUUAAAAAUCCGAUUGAUGACAGAAAGUGUGAUUGCCAACGGGGUGUCCUGGACGAAUUCUGUAGUGGAAUAACUUUAGGAAACGUACUUCAUUAACUUUUGGUCAACAACUUAUCAGAUAAACCAUGGCGGAUUCAUGGAUGUACACCCUGCCGAACGUGUCGAGCAACGGUUCGUUAUUGAACAGCUCAUCUCUGGACUUCGAGGAUGAUGUCAUGUUCAAUUCAUUCCUAGUCGCUGGAUUUCUAUGUAUCUUUGUUGUUGGUGUCUUUGGAAACAGCAUUGUUAUUCUGCUAACAUUCCGACCAACGUGCAGCGUGAGUGUCAACACAAUCAAUACUUAUAUUGUCAAUGUUGCCUUUUCGGAUUUGCUCUAUAUCUUCGGCUGCCUGUUUUAUACGCUAACGAACUAUAACCAAAAUGGAUGGAUGUUCGGUGAUAUCGGUUGCAGACUUAUUUUGGGACAGGAUAUCUUAACCAUGCACGUGAGUACUUUUAUUCUCACUAUUAUGAGUGUCGAGCGAUAUGUCGCGGUGGUGCACCCGAUGAUUUCAUUGCGCUACCGGAGCGUUGGCUUCGCCCGCCGGAUCAGCGGGGCGGUGUGGUUAACAGGUCUGGUAGUCACUUUACCCAUGAUUAUUUACAUGUCGGAGGUACACGUUGAGGAUAGGGAUAAGUAUUCCUGCACAUGGACGCUGGAUGCUGAUCGCUCUCUGCCCAACUACAUGCUCGCUAUCUUUCUCAUCACAUUCCUCAUACCUUCAGUCAUCACCGCCACGGUUUACGUACUCCUCCUGUUCCAUUUCCUCAACCUGGUCAGUCCUGCACAUUCGGCCAACCGUCGGACCAAGCGAUCCAAACGCAAGGUGGCCCAAAUCAUCUUCGUCAUCGUGUUCAUCUUCUGGCUUUGUUACAUCCCUUUCUGGACCUACCAGCUCAUCAUCUUAAGAAACGUGAACUUUGAUUCCAAUAACAUUAUGGGACUGGUCACAUUGGUCCUGUCCUACCUAAACUCCUGCGUCAACCCUUUCCUCUACACCCUUCUACCCAGAAGGUACAACAUGUGGAAGCGGAUAUGUAGCAGUCGUUCUAGGCGGACCUACACCCCUGUCCAUGUGCAACUAGCGGCCGCCAAAAGAAUCGGCCAUGUCCACAACGGGCACGCGGUCCUAUGAACCCUUCGUCGGGUGCAGUUGAAUGCACCCGAUACAAGUUCGUCUAGCACAGGAUAAACUCGUUUUGAUACUUUAUUCAUCAUCGUUACAGAGCAUGGUUAAGCGUCUUUAGCGGCCUAUAUAUAACAUGUGCCUUUCUGGACCUUCUGGGAAGAGUAGAAACAAUCUCAAUUUGUACAGCAUAUAGUUUAUUCAAAAGACUUAAUCCAUAUCGAAAUUGUCACAUUAAUAUCAUUUUGUAUAACGCCAUCGUAUCCGUAAUGUUAGACGUAAUAUGGUCAUGUUUCAAGCCUACCAAUUUGUGAUAUAUAUAUAUAUAUAUUUGCAAAAUACUAGUCAUUCGGGAGCAAUUGCAUCGACGGUUACUUUUAAAAAAAGUAACUAUAUGAUGGGCUGUGCUUAUUUAUAUUUGAUGAACGUGUGCAAAUACUAUCUAUUCCAAUAACCAAAAACAGUGCAUAAAAAAGACACAAACUUUGGCAUUCCAUCAGGCCGUCAGCUCAUAAAACUGACUAUACUGGUCUCGUGAACCCUCAGAAUAAUUUAUCACAAUGCCCACAGGAUCGAAAUGUCAGUCCCCCUGACCGUUGGCCUGGUAAACAUUCAGAAAUCAUUUCAGAAGGUUGAAAAGACCGACAUGGUCAGUCUCGUGUCCUGUCAAUCUCGCCGCUCUUGAUUUCGAGCCAGGCAAAACAAAAAUAAUGGGGUAUAUAUUAGAAACAAAAGACGAUUUCAAUGUAUAGAAUUUCAAAAAUUAAAUCAACUACAUGAGAGGACAGAGCAUGUGAUGUUCAAUUUCUUAAUUUACCGACGAAAUAUCUAAUCAAUAUCAACUUUUAGCGGUUCGUGAACGUGUAUUUGAAUUUCUCGGUAUUUCAUACAUUUUGGAUUAUGUACAUCUUUUUUCUGCUAUAUCAUUCGGGUAUUUUGACGAUAGGAACAUCGGAACUCAGGAUUUUCUUUCUUAUUCCUUUUUCUGCCAUUCAAGAAGUGUGGCGGAAGUCAGUGUUGUAUCGGUCCUAUACAUUGUUAGAUUUUACGAUUUCAAUGGACUUCAUGGAAACAUUCUUUUAGAUUAUUAUGAUUAUUCUUUUGAAAUGCAUAUCGACAGGGAACCCUCAUUGGAAGUUUUUUUGGUCUAAUUCUCAGCGACCAAUAAUACAUCGAGACAGAGAGUGAGACGUAUUACACGGACAUAAUUAAGUGAUCCUUUAGUCUCAUCUUUCGAGCUUUCAAGGAAUUUUGUCGAGGAAUCUUCUUACAUAGGCCCUCAAGACACAACAAUUAUGUAAUACUAUACAAUUUAGAUAUGUAGUUAAGGUUGAUCCGAGUUUACCUCUUCGUCCAGAGCAUAUCAGAAAGGAUUUUAUAUGUCCGCUAUCAUUGUAGUUGACAGAUAAAACUUUAAUCAGCUUAUUUUUAUGGGUGAAAUUUGACAUUACGUUUAUAUUUGUUGUAAAAUAGAAAUAGAUGCACCUUCUAU